AUGGAGUCUGCCAAAUUACCAUUUAUCGUUAAUGAUGUAUGGUGUAUCAUAAUUGCCAUUCUUGCUGAGGCACGUGUACCAGAAGGUAUAUCCGAAGAGCCAACAGAUUGGACCUGGAGGGUCAAGACACUUUCCACGCUGCUCCCUGGCCUACAAGAUUUGAUAGCUAUAAGCAGUGCUUCCAAACAGCUCAGAGAGUUGCUUGCACCGCGCAUAUUCAAGACCCUGUACCUAUACAACACGGCCAAGAGUGCGCGGGCAGUACAAGCCAUUGCACAGGGCAGACACUCAGCCUGUGUCAAAGAAUUGCACUACAUUGGCAUCACUGACGAGGGAAACUCGCCAGAGAAUGUAUACCCGGCAGAGAUCGACAACGUCCUGUCGAAUCUGGCCCGGUUUCCAGCUCUUCACCACCUCAGCGUGGACUUCCCAACCUUUCGCGGGGAACGUGAUAUCUUCGAGGAGUAUUUCCUGGAAAGUUACGAAUAUAUGUCUGCCCAGGAGAAGAAAAAUUCUUGGUACCGGCUGAUGACGGCCAGUAUGAACGCCAUCGCAUCCAGCUAUGCCGGUAAAACACAACUGCCUUCAUUUGAAAUGCACCACCUCAACAUCCUCAACGUGAGAACAUUCUCCACAGAUGCCUGCAGAAACUUUCUGUCGCAGCUCAAGUGUUUUUCGUUGUCGACGAAGUUCCGCGACGCGGAUCUAGCCUGUUGCAUCAAAACCAUGGAGGGCUAUAUCACCUUCGCAGAGUACCUAGGACCAAGACUCCUAGAGAAGCUGACUUCCGUGGAGGAAUUCACCUUCGAUCCCUCAUGCUAUUUUACACUGGGUGCUUUGAAGAAGUAUCCAGGACACCAUUAUAACAUUGGAGACAAGUACUUUGGCUACGAGCUCGACAUCGGCCUCGCCAACGCCAACAUGCCGAAUCUGCGUAAAUUGACACUGCGAAACAUCAACGUCUGCCCGGAGAUGCGAUAUUUCAUUAUCCGGCAUCUGGAUACACUCGAAUAUGUGGAGUUGCAUGAGUGUUACGCAAACAAUGAAGCCUUCCUGUCAGACGCAGAGCAAGAAGAUAAUCACGCCGCAGAGAACGACCCGGAACGAAUCAUCUGGCAUAGCCUGUUUACACGGCUUACACAGGAGCUUGAACAACGAAAGGCGGACUCGUUGCCUAUGCGUCUGAGAGAGUUCAGAGUGUCUUUCGAGAAACCAAAGCUGGCAAUGCGUGGCUUUGAUUGUCACUGGGUUGACCCUGGUCGUCUUGCGCGCGCCGAGGCAAAGGAAAAGGCUGAGCCAGGGGCGAAGGUGUUUUUUUAUUCUCGUCUGUUCCCGGAUUAUGGAUGCCUGAUGGAUGCGAAACCGACGACGUUGGUGCAUUUCUUGCGAGGGUAUGAUGAGCAGUGUUUUCGCGGGUUGCAGGCUGCUAUCAAGGCGAUUGAGAAUGAUGUACGUUAG